AUGGUGGCCAGGGUAAUCAGUUUCAGACUCCUAGAGCCCCAGCAUCAGGUAGAGGGGGAGGAUCUUAUGGGGGUAAUCGUGCUUGGUUUGGACAUGGCGGUCAGACGGCCGGUAGAGGCGACAACCAGCCUAAUAGAGGCGGGUUCCAGACUGGUAGAGGUGGACAUCAUCUCAGCAGGGGCGGAGCCCCAGACAGGACAGGUUGAUCGCAAUAGUUCGCAGGCUGCUGGCGGACAGGUUCAUUGUUAUGCCUUUCCUGGCAGGACAGAGGCUGAGGGCUCAGAUGCAGUUAUUAUAGGUCUUGAUAUGAAGAGUAAGGAAGAUCAUGAAAAACACUUGAGAGUUGUUCUUGGGUUGCUGAGAGACAGGCAGUUGUAUGCCAAGUUCUCUAAGUGUGAAUUUUGGCUUGCGUCUGUGUCCUUCUUGGGACAUGUGGUUUCGAAAGAAGGGAUUAUGGUGGAUCCGAAGAAAUUUGAGGCAGUGAGAGAUUGGUCCAGACCCACUUUCCUGACGGAGAUCCGCAGUUUCGUGGGUUUGGCUAGUUACUAUCAUCGGUUCGUGAAAGGGUUUGCUUCUAUUGCUUCAUAUUUGACCCAUUUGACUCAGAAAGAGCAAAAGAAGGUGAUUGCUUAUGCUUCCAGACAGCUGUAG